AUGAGCAAGCUGAAGGAUGAAUCAAUCAUCAUCCGCGAAGUCUGGGCAUCCAAUUUAGAGUAUGAAUUCAGUCUCAUCCGCCAAGUUAUCCAUCAAUACUCUUUCAUCUCACUAGACACUGAAUUUCCUGGCGUGAUUCAUUUACCCAAAAUCGACCGCCGCUAUGUUACACCCUCUGAACACUACCGAUAUUUGAAGGCUAACGUUGAUGCUCUUAAUCUCAUUCAAGUUGGUCUCACCCUUUCCGACGCACAUGGAAACCUUCCGAACUUUGGAGGCAGUAACUGCUACUUAUGGGAAUUUAAUUUCUGUGAUUUUGACAUCAAUAAUGAUCUUUAUAAUCAAGAUUCUAUUGACAUGCUCCGCCGUCAAGGAAUUGACUUUGAUCGCAACUUCUCUCACGGUGUGGAUUCUUUGUCUUUUGCUAAAUUAAUGUUCUCUUCUGUACUUCUGUUUCACAAAUCAAUUGUUUGGGUCACAUUUAGCAGCGCUUAUGAUUUCGGAUACUUGGUGAAGAUCUUGACUAGAAAGAACUUACCAAACCGUUUAGAGGAUUUUUUAAAUGUGAUAGAAGCUUUGUUUGGAAAAAAUGUGUAUGAUAUGAAACACAUGAUGAAGUUCUGUCAUGCUUUAUAUGGUGGUCUUGAGCGAGUAGCUACUAUCCUUAAUGUGAGUCGGGCGGCUGGAAAAUCUCAUCAAGCUGGAUCUGAUAGUUUGUUGACAUGGCAUGUAUUCAAGAAAAUGAUAGAUACUUGUUUUGUCAAUAACAUGGCUCAAAAGCAUGCUGGAGUGCUAUUUGGGUUAGAGAUGAUUGCAGUAAAGUGA